UUCCACGAUGGCAGUUUCGUUUGAAGAAAAUGAUUCCGAAGUACUCAAAGUUGGUUUGCACGUUUAUACUGCUCAACUUGUUUUUCAUCAGUUCUUUUGCAUGGGAUAAUCUCCCUUGUCCUCCAAAAUCCAAUACCCCACCACCUUCAACUGCACCGCAGAAAUGCCCCAUCAACACGCUCGAGUUUGGUGUUUGUGGAAGUUGGUUAGGGUUGGUAAGAGAACAAAUUGGAAGUAAACCAAGCGAGAAGUGUUGCACCGUGGUGAAAGGUGUCGCCGAUCUUGAAGCGGCACUGUGCUUGUGCACUGCUAUUAAAGCCAAUGUGCUGGGACCUGUCAAGCUCAACGUUCCUGUUGCUCUUACUUUGCUCGUUAAUGCUUGUGGGAAGAAGGUUCCAUCUGGAUUUGUCUGUGCUUAGAAUAAUUUACAAAUAAUGUGUCUGUCUUUUCUGUAUCUGUUGCUUUCAGUUUAACUAAAUUGCUGCUAUUAGGCUUUCAUUUGGGGAUACUGAAGUCCAUCACAAUGCUGUAUUUCAUGCGUGUUAUUAUUAGUGUUUUUAUCAUCAA